AUGUCUAGCUUCGAUUCAGACUCUAGCGCCCCCGACCCCCCCGACACCUUCAAUCCCCCACCUUCCUUCGCCGAUUUCAAGUUCAAGUCUAAGUUGGGUUUCCACUACACCGAAGAAAGCUUCCAGCGCCAACUCGCCAUCAAAGAUACCAAAGCCGAGAAGUACCAACAGAAAGAAGCUUUUCCGCGCCCCGACGGAGUCGACCACGACGAUUGGAAAAAGUGUUUCAACGCUGCCGACAGCUGGGUGUACAAGGACGUUCUCGGCGACGCUCACGAGUCGGCAUCAACCCGUAAAACAACCCAUGCUACUCGGAGGAAAGCCGAGCAGAAGCUGAGGGAUAAGCUAUUUGCUCGUGGUCAAACUGUACCUGGCCCCGACCCACCUCAGGGUCACCCCCCACCUCCACCACCUCCACCACCUGGUAAUCCGUCAAGCGCAAACAAGUCGAACAAGAAACGCAAGCGCAAACAACAACAUUCGCCUCCUUCUUCUGGCGGAACCAAUUCGAACCAGACCUCCAGAAAACAACCUCGCUCUCUUCUUCGUCGCCGAAACAAUCGCUGGGACAACAAUCGUCAGAACAACAAUCGACGGGUCAUUCUUCGGAACAUUGCCCGACCCAACAGAUUUAAAGGCAGUUAUUCUGACCCUUCUGACGAAGAUUCCGACAACGCCCACAAACAAUCAUCGACGUCGUCCUCCAAGGUCAAGUCAAGGACCCUUCCACAGCAACCUUUGUUCAAUCCAGGUGCACACAAUCAAGCCUAUACUUCGGACCCAUCGAACCGUGGCGUCGUCUUUAACAAUCUAUACUCUGGUCACAGGGAUAGUUCAAACUACACAUCAUACCCUGCGCACCUAGGCACCGUCCAUAACAAGCACCCCGCUGCCCCCAAGAACAAGUCAAGCAGCGCCCCAGGACCAUCAUCGUCCACGGACAAUUCAAACACCGGUGCACACCAACCACCUUCUUCUCCCGGCGGAAACAAUCCAGCCCAAGGAUUUCAAGCACCCAGAGGUAGUGUCUUUUAUCAAGGCGGUUAUUCUUCUCCUCCCCAUUACAAUUCCCAGAUCGGUGCAUCCCAGAUCGGUGCACAGCAACCACCUCCUCCCAGCAGAACCAAUCCAGCCCAAGGAUUUCAAGCACCCAGAGGUAGUGUCUUUUAUCAAGGCGGUUAUUCUUCUCCUCCCCAUUACAAUUCCCAGAUCGGUGCAUCCCAGAUCGGUGCACAGCAACCACCUCCUCCCAGCAGAACCAAUCCAACCCAAGGAUUUCAAGCACCGGGAGCCAGCAUCUUAGGCAGUUAUUCGUCUGAUCUCCAGAUCGAUCCCGAGCUCCUUUUCCAGCAACCGCGUUCUCCGCCCACCAGAACCAAUCCAAGCCAAGGAUUUCAAGAGCCGAGAGCCAACAUCUUAGGCAGUUAUUCUUCUGUCCCACAGAACAAUUCCAACGACGCCCACGAGCAGUCAUCGUUCAAGGACAACAACUCCAAGAUUGAUACAGAGAAACCUUCCUCGUUCAAGAACGACCCAAAGAACGCCCACGGCCAAUCAUCGUCCAAGGCCAAGUCCAAGACCAGUGAACAGCAAUCUUCUUCCACCAAGGACAACUCUAAUAACGCUCACGAACCAUCAUCGUCCAAGCGCAAUCCUACAACCGGAACACAUCAAACUUCUUCAAAGAGCGAUCCAAAGAUCGCCAACAAACAACCUUCGUUCAAGGUCAAGUCCAAGUUCGGCUCACAGCAGUCUUCGCCCAAGAAAAAUUCAAAGAACGCUCGCAAACAAUCUUCGUCCAAGGACAACUCCAAGUCCGUUGCACAGCAACCUUCAUCACUCGGUUCCGAGAUCGCCGAUCAACCUCCUUCAAAAAAAGCAAAAACCAUGUCAUCCCAAGCCAAAAAGCAGAAGGGCAAGGCUGAUUACUGCGUGUGCAAGCAGGUCCGACAUGGCACAAAGAUGAUUGCAUGCGAAGGCGGAUGUGAGAAUUGGUUCCACGUCUCAUGUGUCACGCUGGAGUGCGCUGACACAGACGGCGUGGCCAAGUUCAUCUGCGAUGACUGCCCGGGUGCGACGACCUACAAGCGCGUCUGCCGCCUGGAGGGGUGCAACCGUCCCCACACAACUCGUGAGACUGUGGGGGACGAUGAGGUCCCAAAGACGCUCGCCUCCAAGUAUUGCAGCUUGGAGCACCGCAACGAGUUCUGGGCGAGAACCGUUGGCGGAAUCGACCGUCUUCUGGCUUCCCAGUUGCGCUCCUUCAUGGGGCAGACGCCGCUUGGCGCCUUCAAGACGGCUGGCGACCAGCCAACUCGCGCGGGUCUCGGGGCUCACCAUGGUGGCGGUGAGCUUCGCGAUGGUUUUGUGGCAACUGGUCCCCCCCACAAUGAGGAGGGGAUGUUCUCGUUGGAUACCAAUCUUCGAGACAGAUGCCACAAAAACAUCGCGAGGCUCACAGCCUCCAUGGUGCACUACGAGAACCGCCAAAAGCUGGUUGCCAUGCUCGCCAAGUACUCCGACGAGACGGCGAAGAAGUACGCGGAGGAGAACCAGAUCGUUGAGAGCGCCCCGAAGCGCGCCAAGGGCAAAUCGGGCAAGGGCGCUGCUCGGACGAUCUGCGGGUUCGAUCCGCGUCUGUCCGUCUCCGACGGAUGGAUCGACGAGUUCAUGGCAACCCCCGAGGGAGACGCGGCAUGGAAGUCGGGUGUGAUUGGAGAGCACACCAACCCCGACUUUCAUGUCGACGUCGACCCAGGGUUCUACAAGGGGAUUUGCGUGGGGACUGGCUGCCACUCCGGGUGGCUAUCGAUCGCCGAGGACGAGCCGAGGUACAACCUCAUCUGGUUGGCCGAAGACCUGGAGAAGGAGAACGACGAGCUCGCCGAGAUGGUUGAGCGCGUCCAACUGCGCCUCGCCAUCGAGCGCGAGCGCAAUCAAUACGCCCAGGACAGAGCUGCCGAGAUGACGGAGGAGAAUGCUGCGGAGUUCUUGCGCAGCUGGAAAACUCUGAAGGGAGACAAGAACAUCAUCUUGAAGAAACUCCUGAAGAAGUUUCAUAGUGAGUACGCCACAGCCUGA